AUGCUUGCUAUAAAAGAAGUUUUGAGCGAAGUGACUCCACUGGAUCUCAUCAACUUCUCAAUGGUCUCCCUGAAAACCAGACUCAUCGCACGCCACUUUUCUAAACAACCACCGAUUUCAAAAUAUGAUUUACUAUUGAAUAUCUAUGAACCACUUGGAGUUCAAAUAUUCCACGGAGAAGUUUUGUAUGAAUACGAAAUAGUUUCUUACAAAACGGAAAAUCUCGGAAGACUUCGAGAAGAAAACGAAAUAAUUAAAUAUUCAAAAUAUUCAGAAGACACAGUUACGGAAUUCAAGAAGUACGUUGAGUAUGCAAUGGAAGUUUUCAAUUGGCCACUGGGUCUAUUAUACUUUAACUUUGACGAUUUGAAUGAUCAAAAUUAUUCGAUUAUUAAUUGGCUGAAACUUCGUGUUCGCUCUAUUAAUCAUUGUUCAGUGUCAUUAUUUAGUGACCGAGUCUCAGAUGAAUAUGUUUUAUACUUCCUAGAAAAUUUAGAAGUUUCUGGGCAUUUCGAUUUGGUUAACACCAUGAGUGAUAACUUUCAAUUAACAGUUCCAAACACUGUUCAAUGUUUGGGAAUUACUAACUCAAAAUUUGUCACGUUCGAUCAACUAUCUUCUUUCAACUGUGUAUCAAUCCAUCUUCGCCAAACCAGUAUAUCUAACAAGGAGCUUAACCAGUUCUUUAAAAAUUGGAUGACGUCGAAGUCUAAUCAGAAUCUUCAAGACUUAUUUAUUGGCAUCAAGGAUCUAGAAUCACUUGAAACUAUUUUUGAUCUACCCCACGAAGUUGUGGAUCCAGGAACUGUCCGCACAUUGCACAGAUUUAACCAUCCAAUUCCUGUCUCUGGAGGAAUCGAUAUAAAAAGGGAUGACGGUGUCGUGGCCACUUGCUACACACAGGUUUGUAUCGGGUCUUUAUAUCUUGCUAUGCUUGUUCAUUUGAACUUCUAA